CCCCACUCACACGAGCUGAUUGCGCGUCUCUCCUACUGCAACUGCAGCAGUCGCGUGUCCCAAUUAGGAUCAGAGCUGCGACUAUUAUAGCUGCGACUAUUAUCCUCCCCUGACUAAUGGCUUCCAACAUGGACAGAGUGUUCUCCGACUAUGAGACCUGCAGCCAGAUGUCCUACUGUUCCUCAGACGAGGAGGACUCGUUCAGCAUGCAGUCGGCUUCUCCCUUCUCCUCUGAGCACAUGUCAUCCCCAGCCCAGACGCCAGAGAAGUGUCAGGAGGAGAAAGACAAGAGGAAGAAGAGGGUGAGGAGCAGAGUAAAGAAUGACGCCGUGCUGCACACCAUCAAGAAGACCAGGAGGGUUAAAGCCAAUGACAGGGAAAGGAACCGAAUGCACAAUCUCAACUCUGCGCUGGAUGAGCUGAGGGGCAUCCUGCCAAGUUUCCCUGAUGACACUAAGCUGACAAAGAUUGAGACCCUGCGUCUGGCUCAUAAUUACAUUUGGGCCCUGUCUGAAACCUUGAGGUUGGCAGAUCAGUCCAAAGAGAAGCCCCUCAAAAAUCUGGGGCACCCAGCCUACUUGAGUCCUGCCACCCCUCCCAGCCCUGGCAGUGAUGCUGAGUCCUGGAUGUCCUCUUCUUCUCCAUCAUCAUCAUCAUCAUCAUCAUCAUCAUCCUUCUCAGUGUGCACUUCCAGCCCAAGCAGCCCAGCUAUGUCAGAAGACUGUUAUUAUGGGCACACAGACUCUCUGUUCUCACUGCACACCCUGCAACAAAACAUGAUCCAGCAUGCAUCUAGCUUUCUCCAGUACCACUAGAUUUAUUGCUCUAUUCUGUUUCAUAUUAGCCUGCUAACUCCAAUGACAUCUCUCUAAUGGGUGACACUGCCACACCAGCAGUGACCUAACUUUGCCUUAAUUCAGACUGAACUUCCCAACAGUGAGGUGCAGAGGUGCUCACAUGUUGCUGCCUUCGCAAACUUUGCCCAGAACCAUUGUUAAAUCCCUAUUCAGUACUGUCAAAUGUGAAACAGAAUAUGGCAGCAGUAGUGUCCCCUUUCCUCUAAAGGUUUUGCCUUUUUGCACUUUCUUAUACAAUACCUUCUUUCUUGCUCUCCUUAAAUCUGACCCUCUUCAAGAUGAUGUCUGUAAAAAAAAAAAAAAAAAAAAAA